AUGUCGUCCUCUAACACUACUAUACCUGAGUUCGAUGUAACACCAUUUUUAAACAAUAAAGAAAUCUUUCCCGAUGUGCCAGUGGUUGAUAAAGAAAGAAGGCUGCGUAAGCCAUCAGCACAUGAUCCACAAAUAAUACAUAUUUUGAAAAAAAUAAAUCCAGCCAAAGCUAUUUUUAAUAUUAUCAUCCCGUUGUACUGUCUAUUCAUUUUAAUCUUUUCAAGACCCAGAUUCCCAGAUUCAACUUUAUUUUUAAUCAUCUGCAUUACAUACUACUUUUUAACCAUCUCGUGCUUUUCUAUAGGGUAUCAUCGAUACUUCACACACCAUAGUUUUCAAUGUACCGCUUUAAUCCAAUACAUUUUUGCCAUUUUUGGUGCAUCCAUUGGGAUGGGGUCCAUUUGGGAGUUUAGUGCGCAACAUUUGUUGCAUCAUAGAUUUGUAGACACAGAAAAGGACCCAUUCAAUAAAAAAUAUGGUUGGUUAUUUCAUAUGUGGGGCCAUAAUUUGUUUUAUGGAAAUAAAAAAGCAGAAAGGGCGUAUUUACAGAUGAUGAGUGAUAUUUCCAAAGUUGUUUAUAACCACAAGACGUUUAAUAAUAUAAUCCUUUGGCAACAUGAAAAUUAUGGAGCAUUGUUAUUAAUUACACUCUUUGUGAUACCUCUUAUAGUAAGUUUUAGUGUUAAGCAUGAAGUGAUUGAUAUAUGGACUAGCGUGUUCUAUUUAGGCUUAUGUAGAAUGAGCAUUAUUCAACAGCAAUGGUUAUUAGCAGAGACUUUAGGACAUCAUUUCCCCAAAAUACUAAGUAAUCAAAACUAUGAUGACACAAACUCAAGUUUGAAUAUGAGCUCACAAAAUCUUUUCCUAACGACUAUCUUUGGAAUUUUAACAUUUGGUGAGACACAGCACAAUUAUCAUCAUGAAUUUUCUUCGGAUUACAGAAAUUCCAAUAAGUGGUACGUAAUUGAUCCAAACAAGUAUAUUGUGUUUUUAUUAAACAAGUUUGGCUUAGUCUGGAAAUUAAAUAAAACUGAUCCAAAACAAGUUAAGCAGGCGGAAUUACAGCAAGAACAGCGUAUUUUGGAUAAAUGGAAGUCCAAACUCAAUUGGGGUGUUCCAAUCGAUAAGUUACCGAUCUUGACACCUCAGCAAUUUACUAAAAUGGCUAAAAGGGAAUUUCAGCUAAAUAAACGCGCUUUGGUUUGUAUUGAAGGUAUUGUACAUGACGUCACACCCUGGAUUAAUGAUCAUCCUGGUGGUCCAGCACUAUUAACUAGUGCUAUUGGGAAAGAUGCGACUUUGGCAUUUAAUGGUGCAGUUUACUCACAUUCUUCUGCUGCUAGAAAUGUGUUGGCAAAUAUGCGAAUAGCUGUUGUUAUAUCAGAAAGUCAGAAUAAUGUGGUUUGGGGUGAAUCUACUAGUAAUAAUAAGGAUGUUGAUCGUGUAAGAUUAGAACGAAAAAGACACAUAGACAGAAAAACACAUUAUGCAGCAGGUGCCGCCUGA